CAUUGACAACAACAACAAUUUUUGUAUUUCUAUUCAAUCACACUUCAUGUGUUUGUAUAUGUGUGUGUGUGUGUGUUCAACGGCACUUUUAUUCACUCUAAGUGUAAAUUAAAAAAUUCAAAUUCAAUUAUCGUAUCACGCUAACAGUGUAAACAAUUAAAAAUGUUGCCAAUUUUAUCACAAAAAUGGUCAUUAUUUAUAACGAAAAUAUUUUCAUUACAUAAACCAUCAAUAAUGGCCGGAUUGUUUGGCUUGUUUACAAUUGCCAUCCUUUAUGAAGUUGCCAUUUAUCAUGUUGGUCUUAUUAGUAGUGAUUAUUAUGAAAUAUUGGGCGAAAAAGAUAAACAUCGUUUCAUUAUACAAACAUUACAAUCGAUUGGAUUGAUUAUCGCUAUUUCAUUAUUGAAAAGUUUAAAAGAUUAUCUGGCAUCAUAUCUACAUGUUGAAUGGCGUAAACAAUGUACCAUACAAAUUCAUGAUCAAUAUUUUCAAAAUUUUGCCUAUUUUCGUUUAAAUGUUUUGAAUUAUUCACAUAUAUUAAUGAAUAAUGAUUAUGUUGAUGGUAAACAUCCAUUAGAUAAUGUUGAUCAACGUAUUACACAGGAUGUGGAUCGAAUGUUUCAAAUGCUCAGUAUUAUUGUACCGGAAUUAUUAGUAUGGCCAUUUAUUGUUGUAUUUUAUUGGUAUAAAUCACAGAUAAAAACCGGUUGGCUUGGACCAAUUAGUUGUUUAAUGUUGUUUGUCAUUGGAUCCGGUAUAAAUUUAUUCCUAAUCAAUCGUGUUAGUCAUUAUGUUUAUCAACAAGAACGACGUGAAGGUGAUUUCCGUUUUCAACAUGUUCGUAUUCGAAAUAAUGCCGAAUCAAUAGCAUUCAUUAGUGGUGAAAUGGCCGAACAUCGUAAAUGUUAUUCAUUACUCGAUGCAUUGAUCACUGUUCAAUAUCGAUUGAUAUUUCGUAAAUUUCUUUUGCUAUUUACAACCAAUCUAUCCGACUAUUUUGGAUCAAUACUAUCAUUCAUUGCAAUUGCCGUUCCUUUGUUUGCCGGACAUUAUGAUAAUCUAACUCCACAAGAAUUGAGUAAAUUAAUCAGCGCCAAUGCAUUCGUCACAAUCUAUCUGAUUAAUUGUUUUACACGAUUGAUUGAUUUAUCACAAAAUUUAUCAGUUUUUCUUGGAAAUUAUAAUCGUAUUAUUGAAUUGAAUAAAUGGUUUCUACAACAACAACAACAACAAUCAUCAAACAACAACAGUGGCAACAUAUCAUCGACAGAUGCUCAUCAAACAAAUUCGAAUCUAGUUGUUGUCGAUGGAGAUAGACCAUUAAAAUUUGAUGAUGAUAAUCCUGAAUUUAAUGAUCAAAGUUUUUAUGAAAUGAAAAAUGUUACCAUUCAAACACCGUUACGGCAAACAAUUUUGGAAAAUUUAAAUUUAAUCAUCAAACCACGUGUCAAUCUAAUUAUUACCGGUGCAAGUGGUAUCGGUAAAACAUCCAUAUUACGAUCAUUGAAAGGAAUAUGGCCAAUUAGUUAUGGAUCCAUACAACGUAAUUCUCAAUUGGAUCAAGGAUCAACAGAAGUGAUGUUUUUCACACAUAAACCAUUGCUUACAAGUGGAUCGGUAGCUGAACAAAUAUUAUAUCCAAAAAUCUAUGAACGUCAACAAUGGUUUCAGAAUGAUGGUUUCCGUGAACGUGUUGUUGAUAUAUUAAAAUUUUUAGACCUUGAAGAAUGUGUACUCAAACGUGUCAAUAAUAAUAUACAUGAUGAUUUCAAUGAAAAUUGGCUUGAUCAUCUAUCCAUUGGUGAAGCUCAACGUUUUCAGAUGGCUAGAAUUUUCUUUCAUAGACCAAGAAUUGUGUUUCUAGAUGAAUCGACAACAUCAUUACCCGAAGAUGUUGAAGAGAAAAUUAUCAAUGAACUUGUUCAUCGUUAUUCCAUUACAAUUGUCAGUUGUGGUCAUCGACGUAGCCUUAAACGUUAUCAUCAAAUGGAAUUACGAAUACGUAGCUCAGAGAUAUUUGAACUAAGAGAAUCAUCAAAAUUAUGAUUAUUAGUCCUUUUACACAUAAAUAAUAAUAAUGACCAUGACAUGACGGGUUCAACUAUAGACAUGAUAUUAGUUCCUGAAGCAGGUCUUUUUAGUGAUAAAGAUCGGUUAUUUUUAUUUUUAUAAAUUUUUUUUUACAUUUGUUAAAUUUUUAAACACACAAAACCUUUAUAUAUUUUGUAUUUUGUGAUUUUUUUUCCAUUUUUGUAUACAAUAAAACAACUUACAAUGUAUUAA